ACACACACACACACACCGGGGACGUGUCAGUCAUCUGCCGGCCCGACCCCCGCGGCUCUCCAGCGGAACCGGUCCGUGCGCCCCUCCGGUCCAGAUGGACUCCCCCAUCGCCCACCACGUCAACAACAGCAAUAGCACCGGCGGCGGCACCGGCACCGGCACCGUGCUGUCCGCAGGGCUCAGCGCCGCCUUCCAGAACCUCCCCGGCCAGGAGGUGCUCGGCGGCGGCUCGUCGUCGCCCGGGUUCGGCGCGCCGUGGUCGGUCCAGACCAGCUGCUCGCCCCCCCCCCUCGGCCAGCCCCCGGACCCGGACGGCUUCUACCCGGGGGUCCCGUCCUCCGUCCCGGCGGCCUUCUUCCAGGGCUUCUCGCCGGUGUCUCCUCAUCCGGGCCCCGGGAUCACCGUGCAGGGCUUCGGGAGCCGCCGGUCCCCGGUCAGCCCGCCGCGGGGCGCCUUCCUGCAGCAGCGGAACAACAACAACCAGCAGCAGCCCAUGGUGAAGCAGUCUCCGUGGGGCAGCCACCAGGGGAACGGCUGGGUCUCUGGGGGGGUGUCGUGGGGCCGGGACCCCCCCCGCCGGGGCCCCCCUGGCUCCCCCCUGAAGAGGCCCUUCUCCAGCAGCAUCAUCGCCCCCCCCAGGGCCCCCCGCCCUCCGGGGCCCAGGGCCUGGGAGGACGGCAGCAGCAACGCCCUGCAGGGGGGUCCGGGUCCACAGGAGCGCAGCAGGAUGUACGAGAGCCUGAACAUGCACUCCCUGGAGAGCUCGCUGAUCGACAUCAUGCGGGCGGAGCAGGACCCCCUGAAAGGCCGGGUGGGAGGAGCUAACCUUGGAGCCCACGGUCUCCUCAUGCUUAACGGCCGCUCCUCUCUCUUCCCCAUCGAUGAUAAUCUCCUGGACGCCGGCCGUGGCCACCAGGGGGCACCGGGGGGCCACGGGCCCUGCUACCCGCACCACAACGGGGAGCGCUUCUCACGCAAGGUGUUCGUGGGGGGGCUGCCCCCCGACAUCGACGAAGAUGAAAUAACCUCCAGCUUCCGCCGCUUCGGCCACCUGGUGGUGGACUGGCCUCACAAGGCGGAGAGCAAGUCCUACUUCCCCCCCAAAGGUUACGCCUUCCUGCUGUUCCAGGAGGAGAGCUCGGUGCAGGCCCUGAUUGAAGCCUGCAUGGAGGAGGAUGGGAAGCUGUACCUGUGCGUCUCCAGCCCCACCAUCAAAGACAAGCCUGUGCAAAUUCGCCCGUGGAACCUGAGCGACAGCGACUUCGUGAUGGACGGCUCUCAGCCGCUCGACCCCCGCAAGACCAUCUUUGUGGGCGGAGUGCCCCGGCCCCUCAGAGCCAUUGAGCUCGCCAUGAUCAUGGACCGUCUCUACGGCGGAGUCUGUUACGCCGGCAUCGAUACCGACCCGGAGCUCAAGUACCCGAAGGGGGCGGGGCGAGUGGCCUUCUCCAAUCAGCAGAGUUACAUCGCCGCCAUCAGCGCCCGAUUCGUCCAGCUGCAGCACGGAGACAUCGACAAGCGGGUGGAGGUGAAGCCCUACGUCCUGGACGACCAGCUGUGUGACGAGUGUCAGGGCGCGCGCUGCGGGGGGAAGUUCGCUCCGUUCUUCUGCGCCAACGUCACCUGCCUCCAGUACUACUGCGAGUUCUGCUGGGCCAACAUCCACAGCCGGGCCGGCCGCGAGUUCCACAAGCCGCUGGUCAAAGAGGGGGCGGACCGGCCGCGCCAGAUCCACUUCCGCUGGAACUAGAGACAGUCAGAGGGGACAGAAAGCUAAGCUAUCAGUAUAAUCCAGUACGUAACACUAUACAGGAUAUACUAUAUAGAUAUAUAUAUAUAUAUAUCUUUUGUAGCAGCCAAACACCAAAAGCCUCAGUUUUUCACCAAAACUCCCCCUCACAUCUCAGGCUCCGACAACUCUUUUGUGGUACUUUCAUCUUUUCUAGGAGGAAAUUUAGAAAAUAAGAAGGAAAAAGAGAGAGAGAUUUUUGUAGGUUUUUUUUAUUAUUAUGUGAGAUUUAAUAGAUAUGGGAAUUAUUAUUUUUUUGUGCAUGGUUGUCUGCUGCUAUAGCCACCAGGUGUGGCUGUGUGUGGAUGUGUUUGUGUGUGUCUGUGUGAAAGUGGUGUCCCCACGCGACACCUCUGAGUCAAGGUCCUCACGGGGCCGCGAUUACAAGUAGGUGUGUGUGUGUGUGUCUCUAGUGCACACACUUGUUUCUGGGAAGAAGGAAAACAACCCUGAUUCUCUGAAGUCGCCCCGGUUUAUUAACCAAAGGUAGCAAAAAUAAAUGAUAGGAAGCCUCAAAUUGACACAAAACUAAAUUUAUUUAUUUGUGCGUUGCCGUGGGCGACCUUCUUCUUCUUAGAGUGUUUUAUUAAAAGCUAAAUUAUUCUCACGCUCA